AUGCUGGCGUUUGGCUGCGGAGGUCGUCGGAGAGCAGUUGCAGAACCCUUGGCCAGCAGCUUGUUGACCCUUGGAUGCACUGAACAGAGAAGGAAAGGCAAGGUAGAGCAGAAAUUUGUGUUGCAACCCAAAGUAGGAAAAUCAGGUGCGGACGCACCAAGGGACAAGAGGGGUCAAUUGACCCCUUGGGAUGCCGGCGUUUGGCUGUGGAAGUCGCAGGAGAGCAGUUGCAGACCCCUUGGCCAGCAGCUUGUUGACCCCUUGGAUGCACUGCGAUGGUAA